UGUGCUGUGGUUUGUGAAACUUUAUUUUGGAGAAUUAAAAUUAUUGAAAAACCUGUGAGAUUUUAUUUAGAGCCUGUUUAAAAUGAUUUAAUAAAUGGCUUGUUCGAAAGAAGAAAUUGAAAAGAAGCGGUUAGCCGCAUUACAAAAACGACAAAACGUGUUAACAAAACCAGUCAACAUUGAAAAUUCUUACACCAAAAUAACCCAAAACAAAUCUGCAUUUUUAAAUAAUAAAUUAUCCAGUCCCAUUAAUUACCAUCCAUAUGCAAAAACUAAAAGUCCCAAUGUGAAUACUAGUACGCCAGUUACGAAAGUAGUGAGUGGUACUGUGUAUUUAAUAUCAGAAAAUCGUUUUGAGGUGAAUCCUUCAGAAUUUUGUCCACCACUUAUAAACAUAUUCAAGACUAUACGUUCUAAAAGUUACGAUCCUAAUUCAAAACUAUGGAAUUUUUCUGUAGAUGACUAUGAGGAGCUGAUGUCUAAAAUAACUCCACUUGCUCCUCACAUUGUUUUGGGGCAAAUUCCUCAAUAUGUUAUCAAGAUACUCAGAGAGAAUAUGGUGGAUUUCCAGUCAAUAGAUUUGUCACCAAUAGAAAAUACAAUUAGAAACAAACUGCUGCCCUUUCAGGAAGAAGGUGUUAGGUUUGGCAUAUCAAGACAUGGUCGGUGUUUGAUAGCUGAUGACAUGGGCCUGGGGAAGACGUUCCAAGCUCUGGCCAUCGUCAGCUACUACAGACAUAAUUGGCCGUUGCUGAUUGUCACCACAUCUUCAAUGAGAGACACAUGGCAGAGUAAGAUACAUGAGUUGCUGCCAUCGGUGCCCAUGAUGAAUGUGGUCACUCUCACUACCGGCAAAGACACAGAGCUGGUUGCUGAUAGACAGACAGAGGUAGUCAUUGUGAGUUUCAAAAUCACAAGUAUGCACUCUGAUCUCCUCAAAUCUAAGAAGUUUGGCGCAGUUAUCAUAGACGAGUCCCACAAUCUCAAGUCCCACAAGGCUCAAUGUACGAGCGCGCUAGUCAGCAUCUGUCGUCACGCGGCCCGGGUCGUGCUGCCAAGUGGAACACCGGCACUAAGCAGACCGGCAGAGCUCUACUCACAGCUGGCACUGAUUGAACCGAGCUUCUUCAAGUCUUAUACAGAAUAUGGUAAGAGAUACUGUGCGGGCAAACAGACAGCGUUUGGCUGGGACAUGAGCGGCCAGUCUAACCUGACGGAGCUACAGAUUAUACUCAACAGGAGAUUCCUCAUACGACGGACUAAGGAACAGGUUUUGGAGUUAGAAGAGAAGACUAGAGAAUCGGUGUUACUAGACGAGACCCUCCUUGACUACUCUGCGCAGACGCAGCUCACGCAAAUGGCGGAGGCGUGUCGCACCGCCUCAUCGGAGAAGCACGCGGCGCUCAUAACAUACUUCAGCGAGUCCGCCCGAUUCAAGAUACCACCUGUUUGCAAAUACAUAAAGCAAACUCUUCGUGAGACGGAAGAAAAGUUUCUAGUGUUCGCUCACCACCGCAACAUGAUAGAGGCGAUAUGCGACACGCUGGACGAGGCCGGCGCACACUAUAUAUGUAUAGUGGGCUCCACGCCGCCGCACACUAGAGCUGAGCUAGUGAACAAGUUUCAGGAGUCGGGGUCGUGUCGCUGCGGCGUGCUGUCGGUGACGGCGGCGGGCGCGGGCCUGACGCUCACCGCCGCCGGCCUCGUGCUCUUCGCCGAGCUGCACUGGAACCCCGGGGUGCUGACACAGGCGGAGGCGCGCGCGCACCGGCUGGGGCGGCGCGGCAGCGUGCGCGUGCGGUACCUGCUCGCGCGACGCACCGCGGACGACGUCAUGUGGCCGCUGCUGCAGGGGAAGCUCGAUGUUUUAAAUAGCGUCGGUUUGAGCGAAGAUACAUUUCAAAAUACAACUAUGAAGCACCAGGAAAGCAAGAACAAUAUCACACAAUACUUGUCCCCAGUUGCAUUGCCAAAAAAUAAGAAUGAAUACAUACCUGGAACAAAUAUAAGGAAAUCGACACAACAAAAACUAUGCUUUAACGAAGCACAACCGAAAUACAAAAGCAACGAGACUAUAGAACAGAAAUACAACAGCAACGAGACUACAGAACAGAAAUACAACAGUAAUGAGUCAGCACAACAGAAAUACAACAGUAAUGAGACAACACAACUUAAAUGGGACAGCAAUAUAGCAACACACAAUUUUUGCAACAUUCAAGCGGGUCCCUCUACACAAAAGUCAUUCAUGGAGGAUGACGAAGAUGACGAGUUGCUGGCAAAUUUGGAUUUAUGACCACUGCUAAAUAUAGGGUAAACUAAUGGCAUAUCAGUAAUCUCUAAUUAGGGUAAGUUCCGAAAUAUAGCCCAGUACAGUAUUAUAAUAGUAGGCCAGUGGUCAUGACGUAUAGAAUCGACGCUUGGUGAUUCGUUCCGAAAUAUACACCAGUGGAAUGACGAUGUUGGAAGUCAUAAAAGUGUCGGAUUCAAGACGUAAUCGCCACUAGUCCACCGAGGCUGCGAACUGCGAGAUAUCUGCGAAACAGGAAUAGAGCGAGAUGCAAUAUAUACAUUGUCGUGUGGCGCAUGAGACAGAAAAUCGGUUCGCCGCUGUUUCGCAGUUCGCAGCGUCGGUGGACUAGAGGCGUAAGAGCUUGGUUAAAUUUCGGAACACACGCAUAGGCUCAAUAUCGAAAACAGUUACGGGUGUUGCUUUAGUUAGACUUUUAUGAAGCCAAGAAACAGGUUUAUUACUAUGUGCAUAGCCAAUUUUCGACAUACGAAAAGCGGAAAAAUUUGCUAUCUCACGUAAUGACAUAACAAAGAGCGAGAUGCAACAUAGUCACUAGUUGUGCCCCACGGUGUUGCCACUUGCCCGCGGUUUAUUAGGUAAAAUAAAUUGUGAUAUUUUCCUACAGUAAAGUGGAGUGUUAAUCCACCGGUAUGAACCAACUCCAUACCAAAUUUUAUUAAAAUCGCACCAGCCGUUUAGACGUAAAGAAGUAACAACAUACAAACUCACUAACUUUUGUCUUUAUAAUAUUAGUGUGAUUAUAGGUCUA